AUCCAGAGUAGUUCAAACCUAGAAAGGUGAAGUGGUUCGAUCCGGGGCUCUGGCUUAUUGCUCAGAAAGUCCCACGAAGAGUUGAUACAUGAGUAAUGAGUAUAGAGUAGACCCACAGCUGUCAAAAGCAUUUCCAGGGUAAAACCGGCUGACAGACGCACGAUCACGAUGGGGAACGACGACCAGGGGCCUGGUCUUGUUCUCGUCUCCCCCUCUUCCAGGUUCCAACCCCAGGCAGGGAGAAUAGAAAGGGAUUGUCGUGGUACACAAUUGACAAGGCACAAUGGGAGAUCGCAUGAAGAGACCCCGGUUCCACUAUGAUUCACAUCAUUUGUCAUCGGAUGCAUGAUGCCCAGAAACUACUCUGGCGUGCCGAAGAAAACCCCAAUGGCCGGAGGCGAGACGUUGGUCGGUUGGUGGGUAAUACGAACCAUUGAGAUGUCAUGGAGAGAGGGAGAGAGAGAGGAAGAUCUGAUUGGUAACCGUUUCUGUUGUUAUUUUCUGUUAUCAGUCGUCAGUACCGGCAGCCCGGUGAGGACGAAAUUCCAUAAUCCAACAGGAAAAAAAAGAAAAGAAGAAAAGAGAAAAAAAAAGGGAAGAGAAGAGAAAGAUAGUGGGCCCAACAGCCGCGGCCGAAGAAAAGCAAUUGGCGAUGGAGGGCGGCACGUUUUCCCAUCGAAUCGGGGGACAGUGAUCGAUCAGGGGAUCUUGAUUUCGCCAGUAGUUUGGUGGAGAAUCAAUAAGCAGAGCAGCGAGUCAGUACUUCCUAUACUCCAUCGUGCAUGCAGACAGACAUCGUUAGUAACGGAGUAGUUACAUACCUACUAUCGACCUCACGAUGUCGGUGGUGUGUGAGGUAAAUGAACGGGAUUAGGACGAGUCGAAUCAUUGGGCAUCAACUAUCAAGUGUGAG